GAACAACCACAGGCGGAGGCAAACAGGUUUGGGUCGUCCCGUUCAUGACAGCGCACUACAGAUUCGCUGGAGGCUAGCUAUCGUACUGUUAGUUGUCGGAGUCUGAGGCCGUCUCUGAAAGGAUUUGCCCUGUGUAUUUGAUCGUAGAGUAUAUGGCGCAGAAGGAAGGACUAUUUUGACUGCUGCGAUUUGACUGGAUUGCUAGCCAGCUAACUAGCUUUAGCUAAAUGCAUUGCAUUUGCUUCUAGCUAACUUUAGAUAGCAAACGUUACGUCGUGUUGCUAUCGAAACACAUAGCCCGCAAGAAGUUGUGGAUUUAACGCUACGUUAGUUAGCUAAGUAUGCAAUUAUUGCAUGCCAGAGACAAUCAGGAGUGGUUUACUUAGUUAUACUGUCUCAUGUUUUGCUACAACGUUUGCCCUCUAACCGAUUUGGCAACACUAGCUAGGCCAAGUCUUAUCAAUUUGUGUAUUUUAAUUUGCUCGUGGUAAACGCUAGCCUCUAGGUAACCACCAACAACUUGGUUGUUAAAUGUCGGAGAAGAGUUCGAACUCGUCGGGCUCAGAUGAAGAUGUGGAUCCCGAAUCUGGGCAGCCUGUUGAACUCGGUGGCGUCCUAAGCAAGUGGACCAACUACAUUCACGGAUGGCAGGACCGGUGGGUAGUGUUGAAGAACAACACUCUGAGCUACUAUAAGUCAGAGGAUGAGCGGGAGUACGGCUGCAGGGGCUCUCUGUGUCUCAGCAAAGCUAUCAUCACUCCCCACGAAUUUGAUGAGUGUCGUUUUGACAUUAGUGUGAACGACAGUGUGUGGUACCUACGGGCAGAGGACCCAGAGCACCGGCACCAAUGGAUCGAUUCCAUCCAACUACACAAGGCGGAGUCGGGGUAUGGUUCAGAGUCCAGUCUGAGGCGUCAUGGCUCCAUGCUGUCUCUCACCUCUGCUGCCAGCGGCUUCUCUGCCACUUCCACUUCCUCCUUCAAGGGCCACAGCCUGCCGGAGAAGCUGGCGGAGAUGGAGACGUUCAGAGACAUCCUCUGCAGACAGGUGGACACGCUGCAGAAGUACUUUGAUGGCUGCGCAGAUAGCGUCUCCAAGGACGAGUUCCAGAGAGACAGAGUGGUGGAGGAGGAUGAAGACGACUUUCCCACAAGCACACGGCCCGAUGGCGACUGCCUUUACAACAACAACAGCGGCAGCAAAGAGAAGCUGUUUCCCCCUGCUAAUCCUAAGGGCAUGAAUGGGAUCGACUUUAAGGGCGAGGCCAUCACGUUUAAGGCCACUACAGCUGGGAUCCUGUCCACCCUCUCCCACUGCAUCGAACUCAUGGUGAAGAGAGAGGACAGCUGGCAGAAGAGACUUGACAAGGAGCUGGAGAAGAGGAGAAGGGUGGAGGAUGCCUACAAGUCGGCCUUGAGUGAACUGAAGAAGAAAUCUCACUAUGGAGGCCCCGACUACGAGGAGGGUCCUAAUAGCCUCAUAAAUGAGGAUGAGUUCUUUGAUGCGGUGGAAGCUGCCCUGGACAGACAAGACAAGAUAGAGGAGCAGUGUCAGUCAGACAAGGUGAGGAAACCUAGACUGACCCCAGUCCCUCCUGGAGACACAUACUCCACCAUUGGAACCCACCGCUUCGCCGAACAGCCCCAUAGCUACUCUUCCCUGUCCUCCGUUGCACUAGUCAGCGCCUCAGAUGUUCACAGAUUCAGCGUGCAGGUGGAGGAGGUGGUCCAGAAUCACAUGACUUACUCCCUGCAGGACAUGGGUGGAGACGCCAACUGGCAGCUGGUGGUGGAGGAGGGUGAGAUGAAGGUAUACAGGAGAGAGGUGGAGGAGAACGGCAUCGUCCUGGACCCUCUGAAGGCCACCCAUGCAGUGAAGGGUGUGACAGGACACGAGUUGUGCCACUACUUCUGGGACACGGACGUACGCAACGACUGGGAGACCACCAUUGAAAACUUCAACGUGGUGGAGACGCUCUCAGACAAUGCUGUUAUAGUCUACCAGACACACAAGAGAGUAUGGCCCGCCUCUCAGAGGGACGUUCUCUACCUAUCAGCUAUCAGGAAGAUCCUGGCGACCAAUGAGAGUGACCCAGACACGUGGCUGGUCUGCAACUUCUCUGUGGAUCAUGACAACGGCCAGCUCACCAACCGGUGUGUCCGUGCCAAAAUCAACGUGGCCAUGAUCUGCCAGACCCUUGUGAGCCCUCCAGAGGGCAACAAAGAGAUCAGCAGGGACAACAUCCUCUGUAAGAUCACCUACGUGGCCAACGUGAAUCCUGGAGGCUGGGCCCCUGCCUCAGUCCUCAGAGCUGUGGCCAAGAGGGAGUACCCCAAGUUCCUCAAACGCUUCACCGGCUACGUCCAGGAGAAGACCAGUGGGAAACCCAUCCUCUUUUAAACCUCUACAGGACCUCCCGUCCCCACCUACCAUCACCCAAUCAUGUCAAUGUGGAGCUAUACGGAGCCCUCCGCAUUGUUACAUAAAUUGGGAGGUGCACAGCGUCGCUGUACGGAGCUCGAUUUGGCCUCUGGAGUUUCUGCAAUUGGGUCACAGCCUCCAUACGCCGCCUCCAGACAGCAUUGUUGGAUCAAGCAUAAAUCAGCUAUUAUCCUCACAGGCACAAGCCUAAAGACAUCUAUAUAGACCAUAGAUAUUUAAUUACACUCUACCACACAAGUACAGUUAAAUCAGAUCAAUGUUGAGUGUCAUGAGUUUUUUUUGUUAACUUUCCAUCUCCUUUUCUCUCAAGCGGAACACAUUUUGUCCUGAAGAGACGGCUACAUUUCCGAUCAUUCAAGGGGUUCCCACAGAUACAUUACCCAUUCAUCCGUCAAACUAUAUUACCCAUAAUAAAAUAUCCGUAUCAAAUGAGUAGAAACUGGUUUAGGGCUUUAUUCUACCAGUAGUUGCUAGCCACCUGAGACACAAAACAACCACACAUCGUCAAACUGUCCAUGGAUAUGUAUUUGUAUAUAAAUUCAAGAAUUUCUAUGGCAAUAUUUUGAAUCAAUUUUUUUGCUUUUUGUAAAUUGUUUUGUACAUUUCCGACUAUACUUUGUUUGCAUUAACCACUGAUUGUUUUCAUGCUGCUAAUUUUACUACAAAAAGAAUGCAAGGAGACAGACGGAGCAGUGUGUUGAGUAUGGCUAGCCUUCGUCCUCUCCUAGUGACGACCUGCCCUGGAGUCUAAAGCUUUGUACACAAUUUCUAGAUCUGUAGAUCAUUAUACAGUAGCUGUUUAGGAACACUAUGGAUGUAUUGUACAGAGACAGUUUACCAGUGUAUGUAAUGUUAAGGAUGUUGGCAAACUGGAGGAACUACAUAACUAGUCUGUUUUGAAAGUAAGGUGAUCUUGAUGACAACGAACUGAAUGUAUGGUAUAGAUAAGAUUGAAGUCAUUUGUUGAAUGUGACCCAUAAACACUAAGGUAUCAAUUGUUGGUAUCCACCACCCCCCCCCCAUGUGCACGUAACAUACAGCUAUAUGGCUGAUGUACAGUCUACCACAGCGUUGGGUGUUCAGAUGGACCGCUUCAAAGGCUUUGAGGCCAUUUUUUUUCACAUCCCUUGUUAACCUGUCAUAAUGCCUUAAACACCAGAACGAGCCCUGAAAGAAGUCUGUUACAGUAUCAUACGACCAGAGACGCUACACUGGGGUCAGCAUUUCACAUGAUUUCUUACCUCAUUUUUAUUUCAGUUUACUUUCAUUUAAAAUUGUGAUUUUGCCAUCAACAAGGCUGUCAAUCCUCCACUCGAGGGGUCAUAGAAUCCAUGGGGAAACAACAUUGCCAUGACAUCAGCUGCAGAAUGCAUUAAGCCUUUCAUUUUGUCUGAGGAAUUGACACGCUUUGUAUAUUUCUGUUCUACGUCUGAAGUGUUAUCAUUUGCUCUAAAUGUAAUGCAAUUGGGCAAUGUUCUGUAAAUUAAAAUUGUUACACUACAGAAAUGAA